AUUGUCAGACUGUCAGUGCAUCGUUCGAUGCCAUACCAUCUCCGCAACUCUGCCUUCCCUCCUCGACUGACUUGACGACAUCACCACCUCACAGCCGCAGCCGUCCCUGAAGCCCUUGCGUCUCGGCCUGAAACCUUAUCUGCACUGGCCGACAUCUAAGCUCUCCGGCUCCGGAUGGAGCGAGCAGCCUCCGUUUGAAUUGGCACCCGGAAGAAAAAGCCCAAAUUCCUCGCCCCUCCCCACCUCCAGCUCUCUCACUCAGGCUUCACGUGCUGGACGACCUCACGACCUCACGACAUCACGACUCCACGCCACAGGUUACACCUCGUGAGGGCGCCAUCCUCAAACAGCAACCCUGUCUGACGUCGACAACGGGCUACGGACUCUUGGAUCAACAACAUCCGUCCCUCUCAAUCCCUGCAGCUCUGCUCCAGCCUCGUGCCCCAACCGCCACAAUGGUCCUCACCCACACCCAAAAUCACACCUACGCUCAUCCCUUCCCAACCGUCACCCUCGCCUACUUCCUGCGUUACUGCUCGCCGCAGGUCAAUCCCUUCGCUGCACACGUCUUGAGUACCGACACCAUCUCCAGCUAUGUCGACCCAAACACCGGCCGGCUGCACACCACCCGUAUCCACUUGAAGAAGUCCCGCAUACCUUCUGCAAUUGUCAAGCUUCUGCCAGCCUCCAUCACUGGCGGCGGCGGCGACAAGAAAUCUUAUAUUCUCGAGACCAGUGUCGUGGAUAUCAACAACGGGUGGAUGAAGACGGAGAGCCGCAACCUAGACUUCGUGGGUGUGUUGUCCGUGGUCGAGAAGCAGGAGUAUACGGCGCCUACCUUACCGGCCGCCAAUACAACGAGCACUGAUGUCGCAACAACCACCAUAUUCCGGUCGAGAGUGGGCGAGCGGAUUCGGGAGCGCAUUGGGCAAAAGACCGAGGAGGCCAAUGCCCAAGGCGGCUGGCUGGCCAAGACUAUUAUCCAGCGCAGCAUCGAGAAUAUCGCCAGCCGAAAGACCCAGGAUCAACUAGGCAGGAGCCGCGAGGGCAUGCGGGCUGUCCUGGAGCGCUUGCGUAACAACGGCGUCAAAGGCAUUAUGGAUUUGACUCGCAGAGCCAGGGAAGAAGGCUUGUAAGCCGGCUUCCUCUGUUGGAGGAGCACAGUAAAAGACGCUAGGACAUUGCUCCAUCAAGUCGCGUCUGGAAUUUUUCUAUAUACCAUCACCAAUCAUUUCGAAGCAUGGCGUUCUGUUUAGGUUGGCUCGUGACAGCCGGAGUCUCGGCCUCGGAGAAGAUUGUGUUUGUGAGAUACGGCCCGGGUGGCUGGCCGCAAAUGUAUGGACCACUCUCGCUUGAAGCUACGCUGGCAUCUUGUCUGCAAUUCAUCCAGGUAGCACAGCAGGAUAAGUUAGGGCUGUGCAAUAGGAGAGGGAGGGAAGGCGCGAGGAAACAAGUGUUUGAGAAAUGGCAAUUAGGCGUCCCAAAAACAUACAUUUCCCCUCAUUUCUGUUCA